CAUUUCCUACUGGAAAGUUUCACAGUAGACUAUAAAACAGUAUCCCUGUCAAAGUAAAAAAAAAAUGGCCUCUAGCAAAAUUUUGUUGUGUGCAUUUUUCAUUUGUUUUGCUCUGGUUACCACUUGCGAAGGGCAACGACGUAGACCUAAACCCAGGCCAGAUGUUCAGGCCCUUAAGGACGCAAUCCGUCAGAAGGCUUUAGAGGAUAUUGCUAGACGCAAGGGUGUGCACCCACACCCACACCCACCGCCACCACCGCCUCCACCUACAACUACUGCAGCAACUACUACUGCCGCAUCCACUACCGAAGCUGCAACUACUGCAGAGGAUUCAACUACUACAGAGGCUGCAACUACGACAGAGGCAGCCACUACGACAGAGGCUGCAACUACGACAGAGGCUGAAACUACGACAGAGGCUGCAACUACGACAGAGGCUGCAACUACAGCGGAGGAUGCAACCACCACCGAUGCAGCAAGCACUACCGAAGCUGCAUCUACUACAGAGGCUGCAAGUACUGCCGAAGCUGAAACUACUACAGAGGAUGCUACCACUACCGAAGCUUCAACUACUACAGAGGCAGCAUCCACUACAGAAUAAUCUACUACAGCUGAAACUACUACUGCAGCAAACUAACUAACGAAUAAAUUACUGACGUUGCGUGAUACUUGCUGGAAGUACAACAUGUGUACAUAUAUAUAUAUAAGAAUAAACCAAUAGCAGCAGCAAA